GUGGGCUGCUAGAAUAGGAAAUCGGGUGCGCAUUCAAUUGAGCUAAAGAGCGUAUGCGACCUUGGAUUAAAAGUUGGCGCUUGAAGGUUAUUCCAUCCAGGGCGUGCGAAGGAUUUUCAAAAAGCGAAAUGAUAUAGGUAUAUGAAGAUUGGAAUUGACACGAACGAAUCGACCGAUAAUUUCAACUAUCGCUACCCGACUUGAUCCUGUACCAGUGAGAGAUACAACGGGAACACUGCGCACCAUGACUCACCGACGGCAAGGUCUGUCGCGCACCUUGCCGAAAGACUUCACGUUUCCUUCAAUAGGCGAGCCCAGGACUCCAGAGCGCCAUUCAAUCCAGCUGGACGCCCCGCCGCCGCCCCCGCGCCAUUCCAGUUGCCGUUUGCGCAGGUCGCGCGUGCGCUCAGGAACGGACGUCUUUGCGCGGGCUGAAUAUAACUUCAGUACCUUCCACCCGAACCCAUCCGAUAUUCCUCUACCAUCCAUUGAAUUUUCGUCUUCCCGCGAUACGACAGACAUUAAGACGUGCUUAACAAUACCCACAAGCAAUGACCGCUUCUUGGCCCCUCCGCGGGAUCGCGUAGCUCUAAAGACCCCACCCGCCCAGAUCCGCGCAGCCCCAGUCGAUUCUGAACCCACCGGAGAUUGGUCUACAGAUGAUCCUCAGGCCAUUGGAGAGGCAAUUGAGCGCCCUGGUUCCGCCUGUUCGCAACUGUCUGAUUCUUCUGUUUCGUCAAUUGAAACAUUUGCAUCCCGACACUCAAUAGGUGGAAGCUGUACAAGCAUGGAAAGUGAUAGUUUGGAUCCAUUUUUCCUUGAGAUACCACCAAAACACGUGGAACCAACUCCGGUGCCCAGGUUCCGGCGGAACAAACUCCCGGCUAGAGAACGGUGGACCAUGGAUAUGGAUAAUCACCUAUGGAAUACAUACCAGAUAUACCUUCAGGAUCCCACAAUCACCCCCUUCAAAAUGACGCCCGGCAGUAUCCCGCCUCUGGGGGUCACUCACCGAGUAGCCCGUGAGGCAAAGAAGACAUGGGAAAGAAUGCGUUCCAGACUUAAGAAACAGUUUCCACUCACAUCGCAACAAUGCCGAAGCGGCGAGUCAACACCAACUCCGAAAACCGACACUCCCAAGGCUGUAUGGCCCAAAUCGGAGGCGUCCACGAGACGGAGAUUAAAGUAUCUGUGCAAGAGAAAAUUCUCUAUCGCACCUCACUACCAGAGGCUAAUGAUGUCCCGAAGCCCGACACCUUUCUUAGACAUGCUUUCGCGCUCCUCCCGUGAAUCCUCCCAAGCAGAGGCUCCCACAAGUAGCACACCUGUCUAUGCCACGCGAGAUUUAGGUAUAUCUCUUGUCUCUAGCUCAGUUCCUGGACCCUUAACACAGCUUGCAAUGGAGGAGCCAUCACCGAAAGAUGGAAGUGGCAAAUGGUUCAGCCAGCCCGUACCUUGCAAUCCUGCUCAUAGUGCGGUUGACCCAUUUGCGAAUAGACCGUCUAGCUUUGACGAACGGGAGAUUGCACCUCGACUGGGAUCUCCGUUCACUUACCACACGUGGGGCCCAAGUAAUUCCAGAAAACGAGUCCAACGCCAUACGCCCAGAGCCAGAAGAGAGACCAUUCAUGUUACUGGCUCUCGGUUGCGAUCCCCUCCCCGUAUGGACCUAUUCUCGAAUGUGGACAAUCAUCACAUUGCUCAUGAUCCAUUAAUAACUGCGGAAUCUCCAAGCGAUGAAGAAACGCGACGUAACGUGGAGGAGCUUUUCCGGCAGGGGAAGCUCAAUGACCAUGGUCAGCGUCGUGUACGAAUCCGGAACCGUGGAGCCACAAUGAGUUCAGUGAGUUCCAGAGACCUUGAUCAGCUGUUUUCUCCACCGUCAUCCUCAUCUCGAAAUGAGGAGAGUUGCCCUGUGGAAAAGCCCGCUACGCACCUGCGGAACCUCAGCGGUGAGACCAUCAGACGACUGGGCUCCCCUUUCAAGGUUGAGCCACCUAAGCGAGCCGGCGACCCACCGGCCAGAUUCAUCAGACAUGCGCCAUCUCGUUCGGAGCCAUUUGCACGUAGACUUUUGCCUCAGGCCAGACAGACGGCUCAGGUUGACGGACAACAAGCCUCGGACACCCUGCCGUAUGAUCCAAUUGAGCCAGGAUUAUCGGAUGCAGAACGAAUCCGGAGGCAGAUCCUGAAUAUGUCUUACUCAAGACGAUAAGCCUGUCAGUGCCUUUGCCACAUACAAUUCGCAAUUGAAGAGCCUGUAGCAGUGAAUCUGUUUUGAUUACCCUGCCGACUUCAAUUUU